CGCAGCAAAGACGCUCAUAAACGAACAUCAAUGUAUUUCUGCUCCGCUACAAUUGUUGUGUUGUUGCUAGACUACUGAUGCCAGAGAAAUAGCCGGAGAAACAACAUCAGAGGAUUUAUGAUAGAAGACUAUUAAAUUAUAUUUCCAUUUCUGCAUCGUUUAUUCCCGAGCAACGGUGUAAUACGAGAGAUUAUAGGUGUCUGAUGUGCUCGUACGAAAUCUAAAAUAAUUGCUUGGGGUAGGCUAUAGCUGCGAGGCUAUUGUUGCUUUCGUGUCGUUUUGAGGACAGGCAUUUGAUUAUGUUUUGAUCUCAAAGUAAGAGGUGUUUAUUUUAUUUGAUAUCUCUACCAAAUGCUUGUUUUCCCCCGCAGCUAUAGCUAAGGCAAACGUGUCAACGUAGCGAAAUGAAGCAUAGGAAAAUGACAAGAACACACAAGGAGAGGUUCUCCAACUGUCCAAUUUCUCCAAAGAGAGAUUAGUUUAUAAUUUUCUCAUCUGUAUCCAACUUCAACGAUGUCUCUCGUGGCCAGCGAUAUCCCGACGGACGAAGACCUAGAAGAUCUGGUUGAGGAUGGACUUUCUCUUGCGACCUACAUAUCAGACUCUGGAAAGAAAGCCAGGAAAAAGAAGCUGUCUGGUAAACCUCCCCCUUCUCCCAGGUCUCCGUACCUCUCCAGUAUGGAUGUGAACCAGAGGAGAUCAGCGGUGUCAGCUUGGAGGCCCCUGAGAGGAACUCUGGGAGAGAGGGGGGAGGCCCUAGGGGGGAGAGGUGACACUCUGUUGGAGAGGGGUGAGGCGGCUCGGACCCCCAGAGAGAACUGUCUGGCUUCGCUAAGCAACGGGCACGAGUAUCUCCAACAGGCUCUUGGCAUUAAGAAACCCAAACACCUGCACUCCUCAUCCAAUGACUACAGAGAGAAGGAGGACAUGUACGAUGAGAUCAUCCACCUCAAGAAGAGUCUUCAGGCCCAGAAGUCCGAGAAGGACAGGAUGAAAGCCAAACUACGGCGUCUGGAGGAGGACAAAACUAAGAAAGACAAGCAAAUAGAACAGCUGUUGGAUCCCACCAAGGGACCGGAGUACACACUGAGUCUGGUGGACAAGAAACACCAGGGGAGCCUGGUUGUUAAUGGACUGAAACAGAGAAUCCUGAAGCUGGAACAGCAGUGUAGAGAGAAGGAGAACACUGUGACCAAACUGCAGAGUGAGCUGCAGACCACUAAUCUGGAGGAGUUGAAGAUCACAGUGGAGACCUACUUUGAGGAGAUUCAGAGACUGAGGAUGAUAUUGGAUGCAACAGAGAAAAGCAGUAGAACAGAGAGUAAAGGUUCCCAGAGGAAGCAGAAGGUUCUAAGCUCUACGGUUCUGCGUCUAUCAGAGAACCUUAAACAGCUACAGCAGGAGAACCACACACUGAGAGAGGAACUCAACACAGACAGCCCAGCCAGUGGGCUGAAAGCCUACAAAGACUGGAGCAAACAGAGAGUGUUGAGGAGGCUGGUGGAACUGGAGAGGAGGUUAGAGGAGGGGAGCAGAGCCCCGGCCAGGAGGAGUGGGGUGAACAGACUGGUGCAGACGGACCACCACCACCCCACACCCACGGAGACAGGGGUUGCUAUGACGCCGGGGAUAACCACCAUAACGACGGAAGGGGGCGUUGCAGUGGUAAACACCCAACAGGAAGGGGAGGGGUUUGUCCGUCUGAAGGGGUGUGUCAGACAACUGGAGCAGGAGAAGGCGGAGCUACAGGAGACGCUGACCGAUAGAGAACAGGAGCUGAGACGACUGAUGGCUGAAACAGAGCAGGAGGAGAAAGAGUCGGAGAGGAGGACGAAUGAACGAAGGCGUGAACAUGAGAAGGAAACACAACUCUACCUACUGGAGAUAGAACAGCUGACCGUGAAGAUACAGUCUCUGGAGGAGGAGAAGAAGAGGUGGACUGAAGAAGAACAGAACCGGGAGAACCGGAAGGAGAACCCAGAAGGGAGGGAGGAGAAGGAAAGAGAGGAGAGGGAAGAACAGAACCAGGAGAACCGGAAGGAGAACCCAGAAGGGAGGGAGGAGAAGGAAAGAGAGGAGAGGGAAGAACAGAACCAGGAGAAGGAAAGGGCAGCUAGGGUGAUCCAGAGGGAGUGGCUGGAGCACAGAGACAGGGACACAGUGUUGGUCCAGUCAGCAAUAAGAGGACAUCUCCUCAGACAGAGCCAGAUAGCUCACCUCCGAGACACACACACCAGCACUCUCAGCAAGAAUGGCCAAUCACAGCGCGGCAGUGUGCAGGAUGGGGAGCUGGUUGCCGUGACGCUGAUCCAGUCUGUGUUCCGAGGUCACCUGACACGCAGCGCACUAAUGACGGAGAGCUCUGAGUCUCCAGCCUCUCCUCCCUGUGGACCCACACCAGCUCCUAGAAGAGUCCCCUCUGUCCCUUCAACACACACUCCCAGCAACACAGCCCUUCCAGGCAGUGAUGUAGAUGAAGAUGUAACGGAGCUGAGUGAGGAAGAUCCCUGGCCUGUCUCUAACACACUGUCCAACAGGAGGAGACUCACACCAGCCCAACUACAGCUCCACCCACCUCCAGAUUCCAAGGUUGCUAAGGCGAUGGACUCUGAGGAUUCCGACGAUGACAUCAUCGUGUCUCCGUCUCGUCUCGUGGGAAGGAGAGAAGAAAUCUACUUCUAGACCAGAGCAUUGCAUUAUGGGAUAUGAAGUGUGUGUGUGUAGCUGGGUAUGCAGGCUUUUACUCCAGCCCUACACCAGAUUCAAUCAAGGUCCAGAGGACAUGCUGAUAAGUAGAACCAAGUGUGUUUCGGUAGUGCAGGGCUGGAACGAAGUCCUGCACAUGCAGUAGCUCUCCGGGAGGGGAGUGGUUGUUGGUGUCAGGGCUGUAAUGAUAAUGAUAAUAAUGAUAAUCCUAAACAUAUCCAGGAGGGUUGCUUGGCCAGCUCUCUGCCCAAUAAAUCUCAGUUCUGAUACAGAUCGUUUUUUAUGUUGCCAAAGUGCCUGAGUGCUGUAUAUAGAUUAUUGAUGGUCAUAAACAAAGUUAUAAAUCAUGGAGUUUAUUGGAGAAUGAGCGACUUUUAAAACAUGUCUAUCACUAUAAACACUGCUGAUUCAAACUGUGAAAUUAUUAUCAUAUUCUACUGCAAUAUGACGCUCAGAGGAGAGUGUGUGUGCGCGCGCGUGAUCGUGCCUUGAGUUGUGUUUAUUAUAAUGGCUGUAAUCCAUGAAAAUAAUGUUUUAUCUGAUUAAAUGAGUAUCUUUCCUUGUAUGGUAAAACA